AGUGGUACUGAAGUUGACAAACCUGGUCUUGCACACACGCGUCGUCUGUUUUUAGCAUGCAGCUUAAGAACAUUUAAUACAAACGUCUGGGAAGUGGAAUUAGCAUGUGUGAGUGUCUUUAUUCGCCUGAAUGCACGGACCUGCUUUUUGGCAUUGGACAAAGCUAGAGCUUUUAGGUGUGCAGCUGAGUUUGGGAUUGGUGAAGAUAUGGGAGAUCCUUCCCUAAGCCGGGACUGCCCACUGGAUUGUAAGGUCUAUGUUGGCAAUUUGGGCAACAGUGGUAAUAAAACCGAAUUGGAGAGAGCAUUUGGCUAUUAUGGUCCCCUGAGGAGCGUAUGGGUGGCAAGAAAUCCUCCCGGCUUUGCUUUUGUGGAGUUUGAGGACCCCAGAGAUGCAACCGAUGCUGUGAGGGAGCUUGAUGGAAGAACAAUGUGUGGCUGUCGAGUGCGAGUUGAAAUGUCCAGUGGUGAAAAACGGUCAAGGUAUCGAGGACCACCCCCUUCUUGGAAUCGCCGCCCACGUGAUGAUCAUAGAGGGCGCAGCCCACCCCCUAGACACCGGUCUCCUAGGAUGCGGAGCUUUAGUCGUAGUCGGAGCAGGUCCCUUUCCAGAGAGAAGAGAAGAGAGAGGUCUUUGUCCCGUGAUAGAAACUAUAAACCUUCAAGGUCUUUCUCAAGAUCACGCAGUCGUUCACGUUCCAAUGGUCGGAAGUGAGAAAUGUUUAAGGCCAGCCUUGUCAGUGAAAGCAUGUCUGCGCGCUCCUCAACAGACUAGGAUGAUUGGAAACCAGUGAUGUGGUUUUGUUUGUUUUUUGCCCUAAAGUCUUUUUAAAAUGUAUCUUCUCCAUAUUGUUCUGAGUAUCCUUUUUUACUUAAGAUAUCUGUGCUUAAUGGGUAGCAAUGAUUUCAUCCUGCCUAAAUAUCUGAAUGUAAUUUUAUGUUUUUUGGGCAGUAAACAAGUUCUGAUUGGAAUUACUCAUGUCUGACUUAGAUGGUUAUUUGAAACUGAUUUUGUAUGCUUUGUUUUUUUUUUUUUUUUUUGUACUUCCAUUAAAAGAAGUUCCUUAUGAA